UUACAUACUUGUAGUUCUCUAUAUGUAUCGCAUCUAAGUUCUCAUGUAAACCUGCCCACACAAAUGAUCUAAAUCUCUUUUGUCCUCAUCAAUCCUCGAGUACGAUCUUCACUUUAGUCCAUCAGUAUGAAGCUACUUCGCUUUCUCCUUCUCCUAGCUAUAGUGGUGGCAAGUACCCAAGCCGCGAGUAACAGCCUAACUACUUACUGGAAUUCCCAAUUACAAGGAGUACUCAUACCACCUUCAAUUAUGAAGUUCUUUCCUGCUGUCGGUAGCAACUCUGUUUCAUCUCAAUUUAUGACAAAUAAUCCCAAUAUAUCAGAAGACGUUAACAUACUUAAAUGCCAUGCUACUCAAAGACCUCCUAAAUUGACGAGCGACUCUACUUCAUUGCAUUUCCUAGAGAAGGAUCUUUCUAACAACAGCGAACUACACGUUUUUCCCCGCUUCCCUAGUCUCAACUCUGGCAAGGCAAAUUUCGUACCACGAACUAUUGUCGAAGGAUUUCCAACUUUGAAGUCUAUCAAUCUGCCGAUCAUUCUCGCUCAGUUUUUCAUAAGCCCAAAAUCAGCAGCUGCCAAAGUGAUUAAGCACACAGUUCAACUUUGCGAGCACGCGGCUGAAGACGAUAAUGUAUGUAUCACAUCUCUAGAGAGCAUGAUUGAUUUUGUACAAUCUAAACUAGGGAAGUCUAGCAGCCAAAAUCGCAUUCGAGCGUUCUCAACAACUAUGGAAGGCAAAUAUUUCAAUCCUACUAGUAAUCUGCAGCCGUACCAUAUGGUAGAGGUGAAAAAGGUCACAAAGAAUAAAAAAUCAGUAGUUACUUGCCACAAAGCGGAAUUUCCCUUUGCUGUUUUCCUAUGCCACCAACGUCCGGCCACAGUGCCUUACAUGGUUACCCUUGAGGGGGUUCAUGAUAGGACUAGGAUUGAAGCUGCGACAGUAUGCCACAUGGACACCUCUGAGUGGGACGCACGAUUCCCUGGGCUCGUAGCUUUGAAAGCCACUCCUGGAACACCAGUCUGCCAUUUUCUUAACCAAGGAAGUGUGCUUUGGGUUGUAGAACGACAGUAAAAAUGUUGGAGCGACGUGCGUGUGUUUUCUGUGGUUGUGCAUUUGUUUGUUGUUGCUGUUAGUUAUGAGAAAAUCUUCAUCAAUGUAGGGAAUGCUGUAAAUUAUUAUCGUAGUAUCAAAUUUAAAUCUGGGUGUAUGAAAGAAUUCCUCUAUGUUGAAUUGAUAUACUUCCUCCAUUCCAAUUUGGUUGUGACAUUUUCUGUAUUCGAAAGUUUCAAAUUAAA